ACCGUUGUUGAUUCAGCCUUGAGCGAAUAGCCUCAUCGCCCUCGCCCGUCCUCCUCCUCCUCACCCACCUGACAACAAGUACCAUCCCGGCAUCCCGCGCGCCGCUCCAGCCCGCCGGCCCUCCUCCUCCUACUCCCCGUCCCGCCGCGACCAGCUACUCCCUCCCGCCCUCGCCGGCCCCGGAACCCCCUCGAUCCGAUGCGCCAAGCCCGCUGAUCCGAGGCCCUAACCCCGCAAUUCGCGGCGCCAUGGACGAUCCCGCGCCCGCCCUGCCCCUGCGCGCCCCCGCGCCUCCCCAACCCGCCGCCGCGGAGCCCGCCGCGAGGGCUCCCGCUCCCGCGACGCCCGCCCACCCGCCGCCUGCGCCCGCCGCUGCGGGCGCCGCGAGGCAGAUUUUCUCCGUCGAGCUCCGGCCCGGGGAGACCACCAUUGUGUCGUGGAAGAAGCUGCUCAAGGAGGCCGGCCCGGGACCCGCCCUGCCGCCCUCUCUGCCCGCCGCGGCCGCCGCUGCGGCGGCUCCGGUCCAGCCGGUCGUCGUCGGGCCCCUCGCGGGACCAUCCGGCGCGGUACAUCCAGCAGAGAACGACCCAAAUGAUCCAUCCCAGUCGAAUCGGUUCAAUUCAGUUAUUGAGAAAAUUGAGCGUCUCUACAUGGGCAAACAUAGUAGUGACGAAGAAGAUAUGGAUGAUGUGCCUGAUGAUGAUCAAUAUGACACUGAAGAUUCAUUCAUUGAUGACGCUGAAUUGGAUGAGUACUUUGAAGUUGACAAUUUGGCAACCAAGCACACCGGAUUUUUUGUGAACAAAGGGAAAUUGGAACAAAGUGAGAAUGGCUCAGUACAAAAUGUUGUACCAGAUGGCUCAAUACAAAAUGUUGCACCAAAGAAACGAAGAAGAAGAGACCCAUCGAGUUCUUACAUUGAAAAUAGCCGGGAGAUCAGACCAGACGGCAUGGCUGUAAAACCCCCUAAAAGGAACACACUUGAAAUAGGAAAGAAUGAGUUAAGUUCUUACAGUGAGUAUCACUCUGAAGGCAGUAAAUCUGUGAAGAAUAGAAGUAAUUCCACUGGAAGAAUGCAGAAAAUUAAUUCCAGUGACAAUGCAAUUGGUGCUGAGUAUGCAUCACAUCUGAAGAUACCAAGUAAGGAUGUCUCAUUACCCUCUUCAGAAAUAAAGGACUUAGACAAGCAUAAAACUGCAGCACUUCAGGCUGUUGAUUUUUCUCGUAAGUCUAGAACCAAUGAUACAUACCCUUAUUCAGCAUGCUUGGAUAAGGAUGCUCCGGUGCAACUUGAUCUCCCAUCGAAAAAAUCUUCUAAUGGGGCGAAGCAAGAUUUGUCAAAUAAAAUGCGCCGCAAAGAAGACUAUGGCGCCACUCAAUUUUCUGGCUUGGCUACUGCCAACAAUGUGCAUUCGACACAAACAAUGGUAGGAAACGGAGGAACUGGUAUUGAGCAUGCCAGCAUGCAAUUGUCAGCGAAUAGGCGUGCAGAAGGUUCUGGUAUCAAGGCCAAGGGUACUAGACUUGAGCGAGCUAUUCGUGACCUUCAAAAUAUUGUCAGUGAAAUUGAAUAUAGACCGCAGACUCUUGACGUUCCGGAGAUUGAUCCAAAUUCUCAAGCAGCGGUCAAAAGAAGAUUGCCUCAAGAAGUAAAACAGAAACUUGCUAGGGUCGCAAGGUUAUCGGUGAAUCAGGGUAAAAUACCAGAAGAUGAAUUGAUCAACCGCCUCAUGGGCAUAGUGGGGCACCUGGUGCAGCGUAGGACACUGAAGAGAAACAUGAAAGAAAUGGUUGAAUCUGGUAAUUGUGCUAAACAAGAGAAGGAUGACAAGUUCCAGCAAGUGAAAACUGAGAUCUAUGAAAUGGUCAAAGCACGUCUAGCCACCAAGCCCAAGGUUACUGAACAGAAGGAUGAUUCAGCUGAUGAUAUUCAAGGGGUUGUCAAUAUUGAUGAAAGGAGAGCCUUAAAAGGAAAAUUUGUUCUGGAUGCUCCGUUGGAGGAUAGGAUUUGUGAUCUCUAUGAUCUUUAUGUUGAGGGUAUGGAUGAAGACAAGGGGCCUCAGAGUCGCAAGUUAUAUGUAGAGCUUGCUGACUUAUGGCCACAAGGUUACAUGGACAAAGUUGAAAUCCGAGAUGCCAUUUCAAGAUCAAAGCAGAGAAGAAAUUUGUUGUACCGGCAGCGCAAGGUCCGCAAUGAGGAGAGAAUGAAGAGGAGAAGGCUAGCCGCUGCCGCCAAGUUGAGAGAUGGCAAGCUGGUGGAGACACAAUAUACGAUGGCACAGCAAGUUAUACACCCGCCCAUUAAAGACGCCAAUCUACCCAUGCCAAGCACACAAACCGUAUAUCCUGUCGUCAACUAUGGACAUAAUCAGGUCUCCAGAAUUGCUGACAAAGUUGGUGAAAUGAGCGUCGCUGGAGCAUCAGACGGCAACCGAAGUUCUUCUGCAGACAUCAAGAGGCGAAAACUAGGACUUGACUUGGUGGAUCUGCAAGCUAACCCACUGAAGGCUCCCCAGCGGCAUGGUAGUGAAAAGCAAAAGCCUCCAAAGCGUGCAGAUGAAGCAAAGGCCGGCAGUAGCCUUCCCCAGACAGUGCCUGCGGUUGUGGGCUACGACCCCCAACGUCCCGGCUACAGCUAACAAAUCAUUCUGCUGCUUCAUUGGGCAAAGAAAUAAACCAUGGCCAAGGAUUGGCUUGUAACAAAGAUAGGUAGGUAGAUGUUCGAUGUGCUCGAUGCCAAUUGACUUCUGAGCAACCAUGAACUCUUAACGCACGGUCUUGAAUGAGGGUAUUUAUGUCCCAUUUGUAGUUUGGACAGAUUGAUAAUUGCAUUGUUUAGUCACUAAAUUGUCACUUUCGUAUGUUACUGAUUCGACCUAGUACAAUCUAGGAUGGCGUGUAUAUCAUUCCGUCGUUAGUGCUC